AUGGAAACACUCCCUGGAUACUUGAAGGACGUAAACCCAAGGGAUUUGCAUGUAGAGUGCGACAUCUCCCUGCUCGCUUCCAUAGCUGAAGGGGAAUCUGGCCCUGAGUGGGACAAGUUCAGCCAUAUCAAGCAGGUCAAGGCAUAUGCAGAUGAUGAUGACAACAACAUUGAAAGGAAGUGGUACGUGAAGUACACGAGAGAUCCUUUCAGCUUCAAGACAAACAUCAGCCCCUCUGCCAGACGCUUCAGAGGAGGUGUUAUUGGACAAAGUGGAGCAAGUUUGAAGGAAUUCAUCGUGGAACAACAGAGGAGUAAUAAUAAAGUGGAGUGCCGCAUGGACAAAAAGCAGCCUUGGAGGCUGGAGCUAUCAUCGCUUCGGCCGAAGAAGAAGCAAUGGAGCCUGAUUACUACGCUGCGGGUCGUCGUGAGGCAGUCAGAUGCUGGACACUGCAAAUAA